CCCGGCCUGGGCGGGGAGCCAGCGCGCGGUCAGCUGAGCGGCGCUGGGCGGGGUCGGGAGGCCGUGGAUCAGCCAGAGACUCCCCCAGCCCAGCUGCCCCCGCCGCCGCCCCCGGCCGGUCCCCUGGUCGGCGUUCGCAUCCCAGUCCGGAGCCCUCCCCCAGCGGCACGAUGCCGGGGCAGCAGUGACCCCGAGGGAGACCGAUCGCGGGCGGCAGGAACUUCUGCCAUGUCCCACCAACCUCUCAGCUGCCUGACUGAAAAAGGGGACAGCCCCAACGAAACCACAGGAAAUGGACCCCCCAGUCUGGCUCACCCAAACCUGGACACAUUCACCCCAGAGGAGCUGCUGCGGCAGAUGAAAGAACUCCUGACCGAGAACCAUCAGCUGAAAGAAGCCAUGAAGCUAAAUAAUCAAGCUAUGAAAGGGCGAUUUGAGGAGCUGUCAGCCUGGACAGAGAAACAGAAGGAAGAACGCCAGUUUUUUGAGACACAGAGCAAAGAAGCCAAAGAACGUCUUAUGGCCUUGAGUCAUGAAAAUGAGAAAUUGAAGGAAGAGCUUGGAAAACUAAAAGGGAAAUCAGAAAGGUCAUUUGAGGACCCCACUGAUGACUCCAGGCUUCCCAAGGCAGAAGCAGAGGCGGAGAUGGAGCAGCUGAAGACACAGGUGGCACGCCUUCAGGCCGAGAAGGCAGACCUGCUGGGUAUCGUGUCAGAACUGCAGCUCAAGCUGAACACCAGCGGCCCCGCAGAAGACUCCUUUGUUGAAAUUAGGAUGGCUGAAGGAGAAGCAGAGGGGUCAGUAAAAGAAACCAAGAAUAGUCCUGGGUCCACGAGAACACACGCCAUUGACACGAGCAGAUCUACAGAAGGUGCCAAGAACUAUUUGGAAUUUGAGGAGUUAACUGUGAGCCAGCUCCUGCUUUGCCUAAGGGAAGGAAACCAGAAGGUGGAGAGACUUCAAAUUGCACUCAAAGAAGCCCAAGAAAGAGUUUCAGACUUUGAAAAGAAAGCAAAUGAUCGUUCUGAGAUUGAAACCCAGACAGAAAGGAGUAUAGAAGAAGAAAACGAAGAGGAGAAAGGCCCAGAAACUGUUGGAAGUGCAGUGGAAAUACUGAACCUUCAGGUGACAUCCCUGUUUAAGGAGCUUCAGGAAGCUCAUACAAAACUCAGUGAAGCUGAGCUAAUGAAGAAGAGACUUCAAGAAAAGUGUCAGACCCUUGAAAGGAAAAAUUCUGCAACCCCGUCAGAGCUGAAUGAAAAGCAAGAGCUUGUUUACACUAACAAAAAGCUAGAGCUACAAGUGGAAAGCAUGCGAUCAGAAAUCAAAAUGGAGCAAGCUAAAACAGAAGAUGAAAAGUCCAAAUUAGCCAUUCUACAGGUGACACACAGCAAGCUUCUUCAAGAUCAUAAUAAGGCACUGAAAACAAUUGAGGAACUAACAAGGAAAGAGUCAGAAAAAGUGGAUAAGGCAGUGCUGCGGGAACUACAUGAAAAACUGGAACUGGCAGAGAAGGCCCUGGCCUCGAAGCAGCUUCAGAUGGACGAGAUGAAGCAGACCAUCGCCAGGCAGGAGGAAGACCUGGAAACCAUGAGCGUCCUCCGGGCUCAGAUGGAGGUUUACUGUUCUGAUUUUCAUGCUGAAAGAGCAGCAAGAGAGAAGAUUCAUGAAGAAAAAGAGCAACUGGCAUUGCAGCUGGCAAUUUUGCUGAAAGAGAAUGAUGUUUUUGAAGAUAGCAGUAGGCAGUCCUUGAUGGAAAUGCAGAGCCGUCAUGGGGCGAGAACAAGUGACCCCGACCAGCAGGCAUACCUUGUUCCAAGAGGAGCUGAGGACAGAACCUGGCAACAACAGCAACAACAGAAUAUUCCAAUUCAUUCUUGCCCCAAAUGUGGAGAAGUACUGCCUGACAUAGACACGUUACAGAUUCACGUGAUGGACUGCAUCAUUUAAGUGUUAAUGUUUCAUCUCCCCAAAACUGUUGGUAAAUGUCAGAUUUUUUCCUCCAA